GCCCAGCUCGGACAAAGGAGCGCCCACAACGACUACUACAACGACGACUUCUCGCCCUGACGUCUGUUUUCCUAACCCCGUCUAGGCUGCCCCUUACCUCCACUGCUAGACCACGAAAAGACUAACUGAUCUCGGCUCUCGGGCUAAUUGCGGUCUCUUCAUCUCCAUACUCCACAAACUCGAAGCACGACAGGCCUCCCCCACGUAAUACUGACCCCAGUCCCCGGUCCCCAGUUUCCCUAGUAGGCUGGGGAUAUAUUUGUGCGGCACAGUCGAGCACUGCGAGCGUGACUGGACUUGGGGAGAGACUGAAGCGACUACCCGACCCAGCUUGGGACGACAUCGAAUGCGUAUAUGUAGCACGACCCCGUUCUUUCGUCUGGCUGGAAAUCCCUCCGUCCUGUUAUCUAGUCUUGCAGUCAGCAUUUCCCACCUCGACCCCCUUACACUACAGAAAGCCUCGGGGCUGCGUCCUCGGGCAUUUUCGUAAUACAGGAUGGGCGUCAAAGAGUUUCUGAAGAAACGGUCUCUGCGAGCGCCCGACGACAGGCGUACGAAGGCGGCUGAGCUCACGUUGCGAGAGUCGCUAUUUCCGAUAUGCCUCGUUACGGUCCUAUUUUUCCUUUGGGGAUUUAGUUAUGGCUUGCUCGACACCCUGAACAAGCACUUCCAGAACACCCUUGACAUUACCAAAUCGCGAUCCUCCGGCCUCCAAGCCGCCUACUUCGGUGCUUAUCCUCUGGCUUCGCUCGGCCACGCGAACUGGAUCCUGCGCCAUUUCGGCUAUCGAGCAACGUUCAUAUGGGGUCUCUGCUUGUACGGUAUCGGGGCCCUGAUUGCAUUCCCAUGCAUUCUGGCUAAGUCAUUCGCCGGCUUUUGCAUGGCUAUUUUUGUAAUCGGUAAUGGCCUCGGUUCCCUGGAAACUGCCGCGAAUCCGUACAUCACCGUGUGCGGCCCGCCACGGUAUGCCGAGAUUCGCAUCAACCUGUCGCAGGCAUUUAACGGAAUCGGCACCGUCGUAGCCCCCGUGCUAGGCUCGUACGUCUUUUUCACCUUCGACGACGAGACGGCUCUCAGGAAUGUGCAAUGGGUGUACCUAGCGAUCGCCAUAUUCGUAUUCGUCCUCGCCUUUGCCUUCUUCCUCUCCGACAUUCCCGAGAUCACGGACGCCGACAUGGCCUUCCAGGCGUCCGAGACGCACUCCAACGCCGACAAUCAGUCGUUCUGGAAGCAGUACCGCUUGUUCCACGCCGCUUUCGCGCAGUUCUGCUACACUGGAGGCCAGGUCGCAAUCGCCAGCUACUUCAUCAACUACGUGCGCGACACGCAACCGUUGGCAGACGACGCGACGGCGUCGCGGUUCCUGGCCGGGGCGCAGGGCGCGUUCGCCGCGGGGCGGUUCUUCGGCGUGUUCCUGAUGCGGUACGUGCGGCCGCGGUGGGUGUUCCUCGCGUUCCUGACGCUGUGCGUCGUGUUCAUCGCGCCGUCGAUCACGCAGCACGGGUGGACGGGCAUGUCGAUGCUGUACGUGACCAUGUUCUUCGAGUCGAUCUGCUUCCCGACGAUCGUCGCGCUCGGCAUGCGCGGGCUCGGGCGGCACACGAAGCGCGGGUCCGGGUGGCUCGUCGCGGGCGUGAUGGGCGGCGCCGUGGUGCCGCCGCUGACCGGCGUCGCGGCCGACGCGCACAACAACACCGCCUUCUCGAUGGUGGUGCCGCUCAUGUUCUUCGUCGCCGCGGCGUCGUACGCCAUCGCCGUCAACUUCGUCCCGGCGUACCGCGACCCCGCCGACGCCUUCUCGACGACCGAGCUCGGGCUCACCGGGGCCAGCCACCACGAGGACGAGGAAAAAGCUGGCGCCGCGGGCGUCGUCGUCACGGACGAGAAGCCGGCGAAGAAGGAGGUCGAGGCGUAGGGGUCUUGGCAGGGUUCUUCUCUGGGACGAGAGGUGGCGAGUUACACGUGUGGUUUAUUCAAGGGGGUCUACGUGUAGUCUGUUUUAUCAAAUGCACGUCUUCGCCCUGGGCCCUGGCGCUCGCCACCGUUGUAGUGGAAUGAGCACAGGGUUGGCGUUGGUAUUAGACAGUUUCUCGAAGCCAUGCCGUGAAAGGACGU